AUCUUUCGGGCAGCAUACGACAGAGCAACGAAGCUUGCUUUUCCAGUAAUGUGCAAUUAAGUAAGCUUUCUCAGUUUAUUCCGUUACCGUUUUUGAACAUUGUCUAGGCCGGACCCGACUGUAUCAUCUAAUGAUUGUGGGUGUGUUUUUGUUCAACUCGGUGUUUUUUCUUUUUCGUGUUCGCUGAUUUUUAUUUUCAUCUCGUGUUGAUGGUAACAAGCUCCGUCUCACGAGGCUUUGGAUCACGCCGCCUUUGUUUUCGACGCAAUCCGAAACAUGCUCGACCCCCCUUCACAGCAGAAAAUCUCGGGCGUCCCAGAGCACCGGCUCCCCGCGAUGCUAAAUGAGACCGCGCACAAAGUCAUUCUGCGCCAAAACGUGGACCCCGGGGCGGAUGGGUUUUGCUUCGAGGAUGGGUUGGCAAACAGCGGCUGGCACAGUGCAGCUUCGGCUGCAUUUGGCCGAGGAUCGUCCAAGGAAAACGCGAUGACGGACUGGAUGCACGUCUUUCCGGCAGACGAGGUUCUUGGAAGUUCUUCUACCUCCGCGAUUGCUGCACCGCCAGGCAGUAGAUCUGCACAUCACCAAAGAACCUUCUAUGAGGUCAUUCCCCCGGAAUACCGCCCACCGUACCCGAGAAGAACUUGUGGUGUUUCCGGCCAGGUCGACGUAAACCGGAAGAAAAUGGGUUACUGUGCCUACUGGAAAUUCGCUUUCAGUGGCGCGGUUCCGCCACUGAUGGUGAGUCAAAAAUUGCAGCCGAUGGCCCCGCAAGGUCGUGCAGAGCAGGGUAGCUACGCGGGUGCUGGUGUAGUGGGAAAGCAGCAGUCGGAAGUCGGUGAAGAUCUCGGAUCGUUUAAUAUUCCGCAAAAGCCAGGUGCUUUCGGGAGAGCCGGGGUUGACACAGUAACGUCAAAAAAUCAGGGGUACUAUGAUUUUCCUCAGGAGCAAGCAGGGGGAUCGUCUUCUUCCUCCAACGGAGCGUCCUACCAGCAGCAGCACCACCAGCAGCAGCUCGGCAUGCCAACCUUGGCGGAUAUGAAAAACGGAAUUGGGGCGGCUCCCCCACUGUCAACCCAAGGAGUACAACCACCCGGCUACGCGAAUCGGCCCUUACCGAGAUUGCCGCAGCAACUUGAGAAUAUCAUUCCCGAAGCCGAUUGGCGGGCGUUCGUGUUUGAAGUUGCGAAGUUUUACCAGGACAGGCCAGUUUGCCUGCCGCUGCCAAAGGUGCUGUUCGAAAAUUGCCUGCGUUCGUGGGGCGCAGACCCUGACGCCGACGAGGACCAGGAGAGGCUCGAGUUUUUCUGCAAUUGUUCCGAUUUUCUUUGCUGCCUCUCGGCCGGGAUUUUGUCCCCCUUCUGCUUCAUCAUCGCGCAUGAGCAGAAGAAGACGUCGCUGGAACGGCAAGAAGCGCGGUUUUUCCAGCAGAAGGCGUUUGAAUUCCAGACCAAGUACAAUGUGAUUUUGCAAGUGUGCAAGUUGGACGAAAUCGAGAACGGGCGUCCGAAUUUUCAGGACAGCUGCUUCGGGUCGGUGCUGACUUGUGGCAUGAUCCGCAGACACAGUUUCCAGGUCCGAUGGAUCCAGUUGCUGACCGCGCUGCCAGUACGGGUGGAACGCGUAGACACCCUGAUGUUGCCGCCGAACCAGGCACAGAUGCUUGCUUCCAAUAGUUGUGCUGGAGGUAGUGCUGGUGCUGUUUCUUUGUUCGGGGGAGGUACUUCUACUGGCGCUGCUGUAAGUGCGACUGCGUCGGUUCCGUGGCAAACUUUAUCCCUCGUUGAUAACCAACGAGCGGAAACUCUCGGGAGCACGACGGUCGGAGUGCCGGUGUUCAAUCAACAGCAGGCACAGGCUGUCCCCUCAAUGGGUGCUGCUGGCUCAACAUCAUCUUCCUUACCGCCAUAUACGACAGCAGCUACAAGCGGCGUGCCAUUCCAUAAGCAGUGA